CUUAUAUGUUCUCGGAACCCGGACGCGAUCGUCAUGGACUUUUCUCUCAAAUUGACAGUACACAACUACCUUGGCGAUGAAGGGCCAGCUUUGUCGCACUUUGAUGUAACACUGGAGCUCGGACGCGACCUAGCUCAUGCAGCCUCUUCAAAUCUUGGAUGGAGAAAACCGUUUGUCUCAUUCGACGAACGGCUGUUCGCAGAGCUAAAUCACGACCGACUAUACCAAUUCAGUGCGAGUCCACCGCAGGUCCUAGCGCCUCGAACACAUGUUCUCAAGGACUGGGGGGUUCCCCCGAGUGACGACGAAGCAUUGGCGCUUGAAGCCCUCGAGGAGUUUGUACACCCAAAGUUGGAAGCUCCCCGCUCUCGUCCUACCCGCAAGCGCUCUGCACCGCUGGAUUCGCGCCCAGACAUUCGUGACUCACAAUCACGAGAGAGCGCACGCACCUCAACAUAUGAACUGUCUCUAGAACCGCCCACGAAGCGACCCAGAUAUGACGUCGCCUGCAUUUCAAACUUGAUCCCCCAGCCUCAUAUUGUCACAGGUCCCAGUGUUAGUCCUCGGCCGUUGGACAUGAAACACCUUACACCUUACAGAAGAGUCCCAGCAUCAUGGAUAGCCUCGUUUGAUAUCGCCUCGGCUCAGCUCUUCAUGAACUCUCCUUACAAUAGGGCAGCCUGGCUUAUCCCUGUACGUGGCAGCCUACCAUGGGACGAUGUCACCUGUGCCACCAUCCUGGCACCCCCACAAGUCCCACAAAAAGAUGAUACUCCUCCCCUUCCCUCUGGACCCGCGCCUCUAGGCGGAACCUCGCGAAUUACUUGGACUCAUCAUUCGAUCGUGGACUUCUGGAAUUUUCUGAUAUCCAUACAGCAAGCUCAGAAUCUUGGGUCCAUCUCGAUCUCCUUCCAUAGCGCACCGUCAGAUACCACGUUUACGCUCGACAGUGCGCUCAGCCCAACGGCUGAAAGUGGCAAUCGGCCUAUUCAACCUGCACAGUCGGAGGCAUCCGCUAACCCUUCCGAUGGCUUCUCGGAUCAGAUCCGUCACGCACGACUGGAAGCAACGGACUUUAUCAAAGUUUAUCAUGAUACCAAGUACUCGCUUUACCUCCGAAAUGUUCUGGACGCCUACUCGUAUGUUCCCGAAGGAACCACAUCAGAAAGAAGACAACCAACCAAUUGUGAAACAGCGGGAUUAGCGACAAAGAUCAGGCUGUUGAAAUUAGCACGACUCGUAGUCGUUGACGACCUAACAAGAGCUGUGUUAACGCUCUGAUACGCUGUGCUGAAGAGGUCAUUGUCACCCCAUACUACCCAAUGCAGUACGAGGGCUCCCGCGUUGAUUGUCAUACGAUAGUCAAGGGAUGAUGUUGGAGUGGUGUAUCUGCGACUCUGUGCCUGCAUGUCGCGAGCAAGGCAAGAAGUGGUGAAGAGCGAAACGCUACGACAAAGCCCGAAGGACACUGAGUAGCCUACUAAGCUACGGUUCCCCUCAUACACCCUUACAAUAUGUAUGUAAUGCAUGC